AUGCAGCCCCCUCGCUGCUGCCUCCUCCUCCUCCUCUACCUCUUCCUCCUCUCUGGGACAUGGGCAACUCUGGAGGGGACCGUCACUGUCCGACUGCUCCAGACCUCCAUCUUCCAAAACACCUCCUUUGUGGAGACAGAGGGGGUGGGCCUGCUGGAAGACAUCGAACUUGGUUCUCUUGAUAAGCACACCUGGUCCAUUCACUUCCACCAGCCCUGGGUGCGUCCAGCCCUGCCCCGCAUGGACUGGGACACCAUUGACAACAUGAUCAAGAUCUAUUUGCAGCAAUUCACCCAGCUGGUCAAUGAAGGGGCCAUGCAGAGGGAUGUGCCCUACCCCUUUGUGGUUCAGUGCAUUGCAGGUUGUGAGCUCUACCCCAACAGGACCUCUCGGGCCUUUGGCUAUGUAGGCUACAACGGGCAGGAUUUCCUCAGCUUUGACACAGACAAUAUUACCUGGACCCUCUCCCAGGACACCGACCUGUCCCGGUACGUUCUUGCCUUCCUCAAGAACUACACUGCCCUAAGCGAGCUGGUGGAGGUCAUCUUCAACGAUACCUGUGUCGAUGCCAUGGAGAGGUUACUGAGCUACGGGAGGGCAGCUCUGGAGAGGCAAGAGGUGCCCGUGGCCACGGUCUUUGCCCGCACGCCCAGCCCACACCAGCUGCUGCUGGUCUGCCAUGUCACCGCCUUCUACCUCGUCCUGCUGCUGCUGCUGCACCCACUGCUGCACACUCUGGGCCUCACUGCUGGCACCAUGCAGCCCCCUCGCUGCUGCCUCCGGACCGUCACUCUCCGGCUGCUCCACACCUCCACCUUCCAAAACACCUCCUUUGUGGAGACAGAAGGGCUUGGCCUGCUGGAAGACAUCCAACUUGGUUCUCUUGAUAAGCACACCUGGUCCAUCCACUUCCACCAGCCCUGGGUGCGUCCAGCUCUACCCCGCAUGGACUGGGACAACAUUGACAACCUGUUCAGGUUCUAUUUCUUGAGGUUCAUCCACCAUAUCAAUGAAGGGGCCAUGCAGAGGGAUGUGCCCUACCCCUUUGUGGUUCAGUGCAGGGCAGACUGUGAGCUCUACCCCAACAGGACUUCUCAGACCUUCGCCUAUAUAGGCUACAACGGGCAGGAUUUCCUCAGCUUUGACACAAACAAUGUUACCUGGACCCUCUCCCAGGACACCGACCUGUCCCGGUACGUCCUUGCCUACCUCAAGAACUACACAUCUUUCAGUGAGUGGGCGGAGGUCAUCUUCAGAGAUGCAUGCGUCAAUGCCAUGGAGAGGUUACUGAGCUACGGGAGGGCAGUUCUGGAGAGACAAGAGGUGCCCGUGGCCACGGUCUUUGCCCGCACGCCCAGCCCACACCAGCUGCUGCUGGUCUGCCAUGUCACCGCCUUCUACCCGCGGCCCAUCAGCGUGGCCUGGCUCAGGGAUGGCCAGGAGGUGCCUCCGGGCCCGCAGCUCAGCA